AUGCUCGGCGCCAUCCUCCGGUUGCGGCUCCGCGUGCUCCGGCGCCACCUCCGUCUCCGCCUCCGCGGCCGCAGGCGGCGGUGGAGCUGUCGGUCCCGGAGAGGGGGCGGCGGCGAGGCGGGGGGUGAGGAGGAGGGGGCGCGCGAGCCGGUGCUGCUAGUGUCCGGGAUGGGCGGGUCGGUGCUGCACGCGCGGCGGCGGUCGGACACCAAGUUCGACCUCCGGGUCUGGGUGCGCAUCCUCCUCGCCGACCUCGAGUUCAAGAAGUACCUCUGGUCGCUCUACAACGCCCAGACCGGGUAUGUGGAAUCGUUGGACGACGACGUGGAGAUUGUGGUGCCGGACGACGAUCAUGGCCUCUUCGCCAUCGACGUUCUCGAUCCUUCCUGGUUUGUAGAGCUACUGCAUCUGACUAUGGUGUACCAUUUCCAUGAUAUGAUUGAUAUGCUCCUUGACUGUGGAUAUGAGAAAGGAACAACACUAUUUGGAUAUGGUUAUGAUUUUCGUCAAAGCAACAGGAUAGACAAAGCAAUGGCUGGUUUGAGAGCAAAACUUGAGACGGCUUACAAGGCCUCUGGUGGGAAAAAAGUAAACAUAAUCUCCCAUUCUAUGGGAGGAUUGCUAGUACGCUGUUUCAUGUCUAUGAAUCAUGAUAUAUUUUCAAAGUAUGUUAAUAAAUGGAUUUGCAUUGCUUGUCCAUUUCAAGGUGCCCCAGGAUGCAUCAAUGAUUCUCUUCUAACUGGACUGCAGUUUGUUUAUGGUUUUGAAAGUUUCUUUUUCGUUUCUCGAUGGGCGAUGCACCAACUGCUGGUUGAGUGCCCAUCAAUCUACGAAAUGCUGCCAAAUCCAAACUUUGAGUGGAAGGAAAAACCAUUCGUUCAGGUUUGGCGAAAGAAUCCUGAAAAGGAUGGAACAGUAGAGCUAGUUUUGUAUGAAGCAACUGAUUGUGUUUCUCUGUUUGAAGAAGCUUUACAAAAUAAUGAGCUCAAUUAUAAUGGGAAGACAAUUGCACUACCAUUCAAUAUGUCCAUCUACAAAUGGGCUACUGAGACUCGCCGUAUUCUUGAGAAUGCUGAACUACCAGAUACCGUGAGUUUUUAUAGUAUACAUGGGACAUCUUAUGAAACACCAUAUGAUGUUUGCUAUGGCUCUGAAAGCUCCCCAAUUGGAGAUCUCUCAGAAGUGUGCCGCACAGUGCCUACAUACACAUACGUGGAUGGAGAUUGCACUGUUCCUGUCGAAUCAGCCACGGCUGAUGGGUUCCCAGCGAAAGAAAGGGUAGGCGUCAGGGCCGACCACCGAGGGCUGCUGUGUGAUGAGAAUGUGUUCAAGCUUCUCAAGAAAUGGCUCGGCAUAAGCGAGAACACACGGGGUAGGGUGUCGAAAUCGCAAAUCAUGGACAUGCUCCCAGAAAGGACGUCUGAUCAGGUCACUCUCCGCAGAGACUAG